GCGUCUUCCGGUCUUUCCACUCGAUGACACAAGUGUAGUACCAUCAUGAGUGUAUGCGUUGACGACAUUGACAAUGAUGAUGAUGAGAGUAGUACCGGAGAGAAAAGCAUUGGAAAUCGGUGCGCGUCGCCGCCCGUCCACGCCAUGCUCGACACACCCGACGUGGUGGAACAAACCAUACAAACCAUGGAAACCAAGCACUUGUGUGUUCCGGCACAGCACGGACACGCAUUCCAGCCAAUCCAUUUCGCUUUUGGGUUGAGAACCUGUGCCGCUUGCCGAGGUCGUUUGGGUGUCGUUGUUUUUGGACACAACGAAGCACAAGGAAUCGUCAAGUGUGUUACCUGCCAAGUGCUCGCCCAUCGUCGCUGUGCGCUCGCCCCAAACGUACUUUGGCAAAAUCACUGCGUCGGAACGAUUCGACAACUCGCCGAUACCAGCAAGGAGAACGAAACGGGUAAAACGGAAUCCACAAGCAUUGGCAAUUUGGAUACGGCAUCGACCGUCACCGAUACUGUACAACCGAAUCCGUUGAACGAGGCUGUUCACGAGAGAGACAAUGGCGACACGAAAGAUGCUUCGAAACGGCACCUAGACAAUCCUACCGAUUGGGGAUUGACUUGGACAGAUCAAGGGCCUCCACAUCACUGGGCAUCCUCCCCCCAAAAUAUCUCGCUUGCCAUUCCCACGAUCAGCCUACAAAGUAGAACAUCAUCAUCAUCAUCAUCAUCGACAACAACAACAAGCAACGUGGCGAACGAUGGAGAGGAUAGCGCCACCGGCGUCGAAUCGACAACAACACCCGCAUUACAUUACGCCAAUCAUCCAUUCGCCAGCGUAUCCCGGGCCUUGCAAGAAAACGUGGUGGCGCACUUUCGUCGUCGGGGGGCAUCGACGGAUAGUACCACAGCCGAUCAGGCGGAUGAAAAUGGAAUUGUACCCAAAGCGUUGCAAGUGGAUGCAGUACCGGAUAGUAAGCCCGUCGAUGAUCACGACCAGCACCAUCCACUCCUUAAACUGGCCAGUGGCACGUACGAAGCUGCCAAAGCCUCCGUCACCCUUCCUCGCCGCAUUGGUGUUGCCACAGUGGCGGGUGGUAUUGCCGGAGGAAUGGCUGGUAUUGUACUAGCGGGUCCAGCAGGAGCACUGGCGGGAUACAAACUAGGACAAGCGUGUGGAAUGCUCGGUGUUAUUCUAGAAGGAUCAGUCAGCAUCGGUGUUUUUGUUGCGAGUGUCGCUACUGCGGGCUACACCGCACAGCAACUUCAAGAAAUGAAUGAACGACGCGUGCUCACCAUGGGUGAAGAGAGCACAUCGUUGAAGGUUCUGUUGGUCCGGCCGAACAUUCAAAUUGAUCCUAUAUGGGCGCAAAUCUGCACCGACGCCAAACGCGACGCACCCAAGGAAUCUACACAACCGUUUCACAUGUUUUCUGACGGAUUUAACGUACGAUAUAGACGUGAUGAAGAUAUUGUCAAGGCAGACGAAGAUGAGAUUCCAACCAACGAUAAAAUAUUGCUAUUGGUCAGUCGCAUCCUAAACGACAAGUCGAGUAUGCCAGGAUACGUGUAUCGAGCGCUCAUCGAACAAUUUUGUAUACGUGGCGAAGAGCGUGCGCGUGUACUGCAGGAAAGUACAUCGGUGACGGCACUUAGUACACGGUCACGCCGGGACGACGCACACGCCGUGAUCAAACACGUUACGGCAACGCUUUUGGAAGUCCGCCCCGGGUUCGGUCAUUCCCGAGCCAUAACGGAACUGACCGCAGCUGCGGUGGAAAGCUUGGUGUUUGGCAAAUUGUAUGAUUCUGUGUUCGGGGAGAUUGCAUUCGAAACGGAAGAAAUUGAUACGAAACUAUUGGAUCGGGUUGCGGAGUUUGAAGCUUCGGAACAUUCGAUCAACAAGGAACUCGUGUCAGAACAAGCGCUCGCGGCUCUCUGUACACUACCAGAAGCACACUCGGCUGUUGACAAGCUCCACUACGGUGUAAAAUUUCUGGAACUGCUUUCGAGUCACUUUUCGGAGUCAGGCAAUCCAAUUUGUGCGGAUUCUCUAUUGAAAAUGGCUUGCCAACAUAUUUUAGCCGCCAAACUUCCGCAAAUGAACGCCGAGGUCGCCUUUUUGGAAGAAUUUGCCCGCGACGAACAACUAUUGAAAGGGCGAGAAGGGUACGCGUUGGUCACGCUACAGGCUUCGAUGCACUUUCUCAACCUGAGCCAAGAUUUUUACCGGGAUAUUUUUGCACAAGAAGAUACGGAAGACAAUAUACCGUUAGAGCCUUCCGAAAAAGGAACAUAUAAGUUAAAUGGACAAUAGUGAGCGGCCGCUUU